AUGUUUUUGAUUAGACGUCGAACUCAAACUGUUUUACCUAGACUCGCAAAAUUUUCUAAUGAUAUAUCUGCUUUAGAUAAUGAAAAAAAAUUAACAAAAACUGAUUCUAAUUUACCAAGGAUUAAAAUAGUAAAGAAAUAUACAGAAAGGCCUGACGAUAUAUUAACUCACACCGGCGAAAAAUGGGACAAAGAUGAUUACAGAAUGGUUAGAUUUGAGCUCGAUGGCCCAAAACAAGUUAUAUCAAAGUGGGCAAUUGAUUGUAUCAACUCAGUGCCUCCAAAAGUAGUUAACAAGCGGGUUGUAUGGUGUGAUGGUGGCAAAGCUUUAGGACAUCCCAAAGUUUUCAUAAACUUGGAUAAGGAUGAAAAUGGAAUAUGUGGCUAUUGUGGUUUGAGAUUUUAUAAUGCUAAACACAAAGAACAUCAUUAAAUAUGACAAUCAUACAAAUAUACUACAUUUUCAAUAUAUUAUAUUAGUUCUAUAUUUAUAAUUUUAAAAAAUAUAUACUGGUCUUUAAAUUAAUUUUCUUAAUAUUUAUUAUUACUUUAAUCUUAAAUAUUAUAAAUGAAUUCCACUUUUCAUUUUUGUUUUUCGAUGUUAGUUUUUGAAUUAAACUUUUUUUGAGAUUUCAGACACAAUUUAAAUAAAUCCUUAAUAAUGCUGUUAG